AAAAAAUAGUUAUUGGUUAUGUUUUUAAUAUAAAACAUUACUUGUGCACAUACAUCUGCACUUCGCUGUAUGGCCGCGUUUUUAAUAUUACAAAUCCCAUAAACACUGUGGUGCCAUAGAGAGUAACAUAUUUCCCUAUUGUUUUCACACUGUGUUGACUUGCCAUUUACUUGGACUGCUUCGUAAUAUUUCCGACGGUCCCUGAAGGUGUGUACUGACUGAGGAGGCUCCUCCCCAACAACAGUUCCCGACCUCCGACGAGAAUUGAAGCUGCCACAUUCAAGAGGAACCUAAAGGCGACCUGGCAGCAUUUUCUACACUCCCUCCACUUUCUCCGGGGUAGUCACGGGAUUUCAAUGUUCAGCCUGCUCUUUGUUUUCUGUGUUGACUUGAGCCGUACCUAUAUGGCGUGUGUGAGCGGGGAAUUCUGCCAGGCACAGCACCUCACCUCCGUGGAGAAGUGAAUCGGCCGCCCCCCGAGGGACUACGCUACCCGGAAACCCCCCUGACUGCCAGCACGCUAGGAACUGCUGUCUAAUCCAAAGUCCCCCCUGGGAUACCGCGUAGUCCUUGGCCCGACUGCCCUGCCCUGCCCCAACCAAUACGACAACUCUUUGCUCUCCGCUUUCUCCUCGAACAGCCAAUCACAAACAGCUCUCCUGAAUGGGCCGUCUCGCCAACAUGAACCGCCCCGCUGCAGUCGAGAUUAACCACGAGUGCAUGAGGUUCCUCAUCACCCACAACCCCACCAACGCCACGCUCAACAAGUUCACUGAGGACCUGAAGAAGUGUGAUGUGAACACACUGGUGAGAGUUUGUGAUGCCACCUACGAUAAGACUCCAGUAGAGAAGGAAGGGAUUCAGGUCCUGGACUGGCCUUUCGAUGACGGUGCUCCUCCGCCCACCCAGAUUGUGGACGACUGGCUCAAGCUGCUCAACACCAAGUUCAGAGAGGAACCCGGCUGCUGCGUCGCUGUGCACUGUGUGGCAGGACUCGGCCGAGCUCCAGUCUUGGUGGCCUUAGCCCUCAUUGAAAGUGGGAUGAAGUAUGAGGAUGCUGUGCAGUUCAUAAGGCAGAAGAGACGUGGAGCCUUCAACUCCAAACAGCUUCUUUACCUCGAGAAAUACAGACCCAAAAUGCGUCUGCGAUUCAAGGAUACCAACAGCCACAACUGCUGCGUGCAGUAGGCUUUCUGUCGGUGCAUCUUUCUUAAUGCGCAUCAUGUGGGGGGGUCUUCCAACACAGGAAGAUUACAAAAAAAAAAAAAAAAAUGAAGAGAGUGCUAUCAGUAAUUAUUGUGAUGAUUUGUUAACACUGAGUCAUGGCUAAAUGAUCAGAGAGCUAGCAAGUGAUGGAAUGAAUGAAACCAGAUCUGGGGAUCCACCAGCCGAACCAAUGAAUGGAAGGUCAAAGCACACAGAAAGGCCCGCCUCCCGGUUACGAUGUUCAACCACGGGCCACAAUUUUUCAACUCGAGUCCAUCCUGUUUUUUAUUUUUUUUAUUUUUGUUUCAGUUGUAAUCAUGGGAUAGCAUUUUCCAUUUUGUGAAUUUUUAUUUUUACACAAACAAAAGGUGAUGACAAGACGAAAGGUUAAAUGAUUUUUAUUUCCAUAUAAUUAUUGAUAUUUUAGGCCAGAAAAAUGUACCUUUUUUAAGAAAUACAUUUUUAAACUUUGAACACAUUGUGACUGUCCAUAUUUUGGUUUUGGGGUGUUAUUUUUAUUUGCACAAAAACUCAAAGGUUCACCAGAAAAUGCAGUAAUGUUUUCUUUUUACCCUUCACUUGCUUAACGUCACUUUCAGUUUUAGGGGUUCACUCAGUUUGAAUAUGUCUGCAAUAUUUAUUCACGAGAUAUGAUAUGUGUGGCAGUUAUGAGUUUGGCAGGGGCAAGGACACUUUGUUAUCCAAUAGUUUUGUUGUUGUUUUUUUUUUUUAUCCUUUGAGAGCCAUGAUUUUUAUUUCAUCAUCAUUUUUUUUUAAGUCUCGUUGGAGUGCAAUAAUCAGUCCACCUCAGAUACGCCCUCCAAACCCUGCUGCAUCGUACACACUCACACAUACACUUCAUACAGUCAGUUUAACAGGAAAAACUCAACAACAGGUACUUCUCCUGCUCUCAGUCAUUCUCCUUUACGGGGCUACAAUAGGACUUCCCUAAUUAUGCAUAUUUAAACACACACACACACAGAGCCUAAGAUUCAAUCUGAAAGACAACGUGGAGAAGAAUGAAAAUGGUCAGUUUUUUAUCAUUGUACCCAUUUUGAAAACAUCCCCAAUUCGUAUUGGUUCUUUAAAGAUAAAUAAAUUGAAAUAAAAAGCAAA